UCAAAAAUAAUAAAAGAAAAACAAACUAAGUGCAUAUGAUAUAUGUAUAUAAGUAUUAUACAUAUAUAAAGUAUAUACUAUAUAGUAUCAUUUUAUAAAGUGCUGCUAAUUGGUGUUUGUGAGAACGUUGAAAGAAGAAAUAAAAGGGAUUAACCAUGGAAAUGCACGAGCAAAUAAUCGAUGGCCAGGAGCAGCCCAUUUCUAGGACUUAUCAAUAUCGCAAAAUUACAAAACCUAUGUUGGAACGAAAACGUAGAGCACGUAUAAAUCAUUGCUUGGACUUGCUGAAGGAUCUCAUGGUUACUGCUUCAGCACGUGACGGUGAAAACGUAGCGAAAUUGGAAAAAGCCAAUAUCUUAGAAUUAACCGUCCGUCACCUUCACAAACUUCAACGUCAGCAACGUUUAUCAGCUAACCCGGUGAUCGAUGCUGAUCGUUUCAGAGCUGGUUACACGCAUUGCGCUAACGAAGUUAGCCGUUGUCUAGCAGCAACUCCUGGCGUUGACGUAGCCCUUGGUACCAAAUUAAUGACACACCUUGGACACAAACUCAAUUCCAUGGACAAGACUGGACCAUUAACCAUCCACGUGGCAGCACCACAAUCUUCCCCAUCCUCAUCCAGCGAACUUAGCUCCGACGAAUAUUCUAUGCCACUUACGCCAGCUUCCAGUCAACCAUCACCAGUUAGGACGGAAGUCGAUAAAGAAAUUUCACAACAGAGUCAUCAUAGUUUCGCGGAAGGAUUAUUGCGAGUUGCUAAAUCCAACGAACCCAUCUGGAGACCUUGGUAAAACUAAUAAAAUGUUUUUUCUUGGCACUGACACAUUUCCAAUGAAAAAACAAUAUAAUAAGAGAACCAACCCCUAAACUCUCAACGUUGGAAAACGUUGAGGAAGACUGUUGACCAAUGACACUAUGAUCUCUCUCCGGUGCAAAUUCGGUUGUGGUGCAAUAUCAUCUGUGAUUAAUACGGAUGAUCUCAAAGUAAUCGAGACAGAAAUAUGUAAUUACUGAAGACUCGAAUUUAUUAUUAGUUUUCAUUGGAGGAAAAAGAAAAAUCUUCUUGCGUUUCAAAAUAACGCUUUUCCAAUGAAGGAAGAAGAAGAAGAAGAAGAGGAAGUUCAAAUAUUUCUAAGAAGAUAUGAUAAUACGAUUUAACAUAUCGUCCUAACGAAGAACCGAGAUCUCCAUACGAAUUAUCGGAGAAAUCAGACAAGACUAGACUAAAAUAAACUAAACUAAACUAAACUAAACUAAACGAAACGAAAGAACGACAAACUCUAAAAUAGUGAAGUCUUAUUCUUUUUGUUUUCGUUUCUCGCGUAAUACGAAACAAAUCUACCUGAAGACCUGAGCUUUUUAUUUCGCGUUAUCGAUUUAUACAUAUCUACAUUAAAUUGAAAAGUAUUAAGGUCUCAAUAUAUAUAUAUAUUAAACAAUAAUUGAUCGUAAAGUCGUAAUAAGCAAACCGGUUGAAGUUUUAAUUUAGAUAAUAUCGAUGGUUACAUUUUUUUCUAUUAUUUGUUUCAUACUUUUAUCGAAAUAUACAUAUCUUGUUUAUAUAGUCAUGAAUUUCUUCACGAGAUAAUAAUUGAAGAUAAAGUGCAUUCAUAUGUUUAUUGAAUUUGCUAAUUAUUUUUCUUUUUUAUUUUUUUGUUUUUUUUUUUUUUUUUUUUUUUUUUAAAAAAAUUGAUAUUAAUAAGACGUCAUCGUUGCCUUUUAAUUUAUUGAUCUAAACGAUCAGAAAAAUGAUGGAUAAAACAUAAUACGAAUGCAACUCGCGCGAUGCAAACUUUUAUUGUACAUACAUAUAUGCGUUUCCUCCUCCGUCGAAACAAAAAAGACACCUUACGCGUUCCCAAGGAUCGUCUUUUAAUCUUUAAUUAUAUUUUUUUGCUUUUGUUAAAACACAUUCGCGUAAACGGUGGCUUGUUUUUUUUUUUUUCGUGCGAAACAAUUUGUUAGAUAUCGCAUAUAAAAAACUUGAAAUAUAUAGCACCAUAUUUAUCAGAUGUAAUAACAAACUUAUUAAAAAAAAAAAAAAAAAAAAAAAAAAAAAAAAAAAAAAAAAAAAUAAGCAAUUAACAAUCAAACGAAAUAGAACGAACAAAUAAACAAUAAAUUAAAAUGUAAUAAUUAAUAGCGUAGGAUAGGUAUGCCGGUAUUAUCGAAUGUGUUAAAAAGAUAUCGUUCGCGGAAUGUGCAUGUUAAAUUUAAGUAAAAUAAAAAUAAAAGAAGGAAAGAUGUCGCCAUAAGACGUUUGAGAGGAGGAUAUUGUGAUAGAGAAACGUGUACCUGUGAUAUUUACUCUAGUAAAAUUAAUAAAAUGAUACUAAAGUUA